AUGAAUUUGACAAAAGAUCUAUUCUCACUUUACAGUGAAAGCAAAGUCAUCUUUGAUGGGCAGGCUUCCCAAAUCCCCUCUUCGCAACUCAAGCUCCAGUUCCAAGACAUCUUAUUCAACCCCAAGUACCCCAUUGGUGCGGAUCAAUUCUUGAAGAGUUCGAACAAUUCAGUUUCUCCAUCAGCUUCCAUAACAGACAGCUCCUGCAUGACAUUGCAUUACGAAGACUAUAAGGGCCAUCACAAGGUCUUCAGUGAAGAAGAUAUAAAGACUCUUAGGCGCAUUUCAGAAAUAUUGACCUCCAGAAACGAAUUGGCGAUUGUGUUCAGAUGUAUGUCGAGCGUCGAAAGGACGCGGUCAACACGGAAAUCCUUAAUUGACUUGGUGGCUAGACCCCAAAGCUCCAAUGAUCGAGAUCCUCCUGAAGUAGUGGGUUCACAUGAAAUGGAUGAAAGGCCAAUUUCCAUAGAGAGCCAUCUAACUCGAGUCAUCGAGUUUUUACUGUAUAACUUGAAAUUCAAGUCCAACUUCUAUGGACAAGAAUCUCUGGGUUUUUUGUUCAUGAUGAACAAUGUUAACUCUGUUUCUGAGAUGAUUAAAAGUUCCGAGGAGUUGGGAGAACUUAUUGGCACUCGCCUGCGGAUGAAAUUAAGUGAAAAAGUGGAGCUGGCAAGGGCUGAUUAUCUCCAUACAAGUUGGGGCGAAGUCUGCGAUUUUUUGAAAGGUAAAGGAUUAAAAUCAGAUUUAAAUUUUGAUUUCUUUCCUGGAAGGUCUACGAGAGCUGUGAAAAAGAAGUUUAGGACCUUCAAUCGUAUGUUUGAAGAUAUACUUCAGACUCAAGAAGGAUGGAUGGUACCAGAUCAGCAGCUGCGGAUGAAACUUCUUGAAUGCAUAAUGGUUAAGCUGAUUCCGGCCUACAAUCAAUUUCUUGAGCAGUUGAGCCGAGUUCACAAAGUGAAGAAUCUGAAUGGGUACAUAACAUAUUCUGUCAAGGACUUGGAGACCAAGGUGCUAACUAUGUUUCAGAGUGAGUAUUGA